CAUGUCGAGAGCGGCACACCGGGGGACUCAUUCUGCUCCUGCUAGAAAAGAGUCGCUCGCGCUGCCCACGGUGCCUUUCUUAGCGACGCAAACCUUGCAACAAGACUGCGCCAACGCGAGCAGAAUAUCAUCCUACUGGAGCAAUUGCCAGGUAGUCUAAUAGCGCACCAGGGUGUGCCUCGAUCCACGGCUGUGCGUCUGCAGAAGGGCUGGAGCUACUGGAUAGGCAGCGCUCGUUGCUGCUCGCAAGAGGCGAGCAGGAUGAAUCAUUUAGUGUCUGGAGGUGCUCCAUCAGGCUCCCACUCCGGCUCAGGCGAAGGAGCAGGAGCAGGAGCAUCUCCGAACCUUGAGGGGAAUAUAUCAUCUCCGCAGCGUGAAUCCAGCAUCGGCCCUGUACGAAACACCGGCGGUAGUAGCAGUACAGCUGGCACUUCAUAUGGUCGGAAGCGGACCGAUGUAACAGCUGCUGGCGAGUCGUCCAGUCCUACGAAUACUGGCGAAAGCGGCAUUGGAGAUGGACAGAUUCACAAGGCCCCGCAAGUGCCUCCCGUCAAGGCCGCGUGUACCUUUUGUCGGUCCAGGAAAUCAAAAUGCAACGGCGAAACCCCGUGCAAGGCAUGCGUGCUGCGCAACAAGCCGGGCGAAUGCACAUACACAAUAUCCAGGCGAGGGGGCAAGCCGAAGAAGAAGCCUGAUGCAAAAACGAUGCAGAGCCAUUUGCAGUCGCUGCUCGCAAUGACUAACUUACCGCACACAGUGCGCAUGCCAGGGGCUGUGCCUCAGUUGCGCGAGUUCCAGAAGGAUGAAGCGAUGUCGGCAUUGUCGGAGCUGGGAGGCGUAGCGGGGGUAGGGCAAGCAACAGCGACAGCGACAGCGACAGCGACAGCGACAGCGACAGCGACAGCGACUUCCCCGAGUGCGGUGCAUGUCAGUCCGAGCGACGUGAGCAUGCAAUUUUUUAAUCCUUUUGCGCAGCAGCGACUGCAGCAGCUAGGAGCGGCAGAUCAAGGAACGAGUUUGUCGGCGGGUGCAGCAGCCGUUGUGGGAGUCGGAGCAGGGCGAGGUCAAGCGCAGUUACUAAAUUCCAAUGCUAAUGAAAUCGCGAUGCUUGUCCAAGGGCAACAUCCUUCUGCGCGGACGAAUGGCUAUGGUGUGCAGCCCAUCACUUUAGACGCGCUUGGAGGUGGGAGCGGCGCCGGCGACUUGCCCUUUUUAAACCAUCAUCAUCAGCAGGCGGCAACGCAAGAAGAUGCAAAGGCGCAGGAGAAUGGAACAGCAGCUGAUGGCUUGUUGCAUUUCGACGUUGCUGCCGCUGUUGGGAUCAAUGUCCUGUCGCAAACGCAUGCGCAGCAGUCUAGAGAUGGGGGUUUUCCAGGCGGCAGUGCUCAGCAGCAGCAGCAGCGACAGCAACAACAGCAGCAAGAUGCUUUCUCACCCUCCAUCGUGCUCCAGUCCCCCGGCUUUUACCCAGACCCUUACCGGGAAGCAGCAACCAAUCUCUUCCCACCCAUUGAGCAAAGUAGCGUCCGUAGCGCGCUGCUAAUCGAUUACUAUCGCUACCUCUACCGCUUCAUUCCAGUCUUACUCCCACCCGAGCAUCUCGCCGCGCUGGCGUCGUCAUUCUCGCCGCGCUCGCCGUUUUUGCUGGCGCUGCAGUGCAUCCUACCACUGCUCAUGGACGAGGAGCAGCCGCCGGGUCCACUGCACGGCAUGGGCGGCAGCGGGCUCAAUUUUGGCAGUCCAGAGAAAAAGAAACGUGUCAGGCAGAUCACCGCUGUCUACCAGCGCAUGGCGAGCGAGGCGAUUGAUGCGGCGCUCGAAGCAGCCGAUGAGCAGGAUAGUCCUGCCGCUCUGCUUGAGAUCAUCCAGGCGUUGUGUGUGCUAAUCAUCUACGAGUACGGCAGCGGACGGGCCCUCAAAGCACGACUUAAGGCGGAUCAAGCUCUGGGCCUAGCGAUGUCAAAGGGCUUGCACCGCCUGACAGGAAAUUCAAGCAGCUCGACGUUCGGAAGACCGCACCACCGGCAGCAAAGCUGUUUCAGCGUGGCAUCCAGCGCCGGGUCUGCCACCAGCACCAGCACCGCUUUUGCGCAAUUCUCCACAGAGAAUGUGCACGAGAUGAUGAAGCGCACGUGGUGGGUCACAUGGGGUCUGCUCAUGUGGGCUUCUUACAAUACUGGUCGCAUCCCGACGAUCCGCGCGGAUGAUCCGCGCGUGACGAGCGAGCUGCCGAACUGCAAAGAUCAGCAGGCCUGGGCUGGCAAUAUCCUCUCCCUGCAAGCGCUGCUCCUCGUGCAGGAUCGCGUACUCGCACUCGCGCAAUCGACCGACACGCCCGAUAAUCAGUCGGACAGCACCAUGAAGGGGGCUUUGCAGCCUACUUCAUCGUCAGUUAGGCUCGCGGAUCUGGGCCGCAAUUUUGGUUUUGGCGCUGUUCCGAUCGGAUCAGCUGGAGACGAUUCGAGCAUCGCUGUGGACGGUGCCUCCAUGGCAAAACCCGCGACGCCGAGCUCAUUCUCUGACUACCCAUCGCUCAACCAGUCGUCCAGGCAGCAGACCAUGCAAAGCAUGACGGCAAUCGACCAAGCACUCCAGCAGCAAAUCGCAGUCAUCGAAAGGGGGGAUCAGCCCAGAUGGCGGUCGCAACCACCUACCGCUAAUCUGGGCGGCAUUGAAGAUGACAUGAUCGCGUACCUGCAUCUUUCUACCGCCAUUCAGCUGUAUACAGCAUGGCUCACUUUGCAUCUCUCUUCAGCAUUCCAAGGCGCGACUCUUUUUGAGCGUAAGCUCUGCUUCCUCAGCAGCGUGGGUGACAACAACAACAAGCAAAUAUGCCAGGUGCCCAUGCCGGACGCAUUCUCCAGCAUUUUCCCUGCGGAAACUAGCGCUGACUCGCUCAACAUCGCUGACAACGAAACCGAUUGGCUCAAUGAGGUUUUUCCUGCCGCAUUCGACGGGCCCUUCAACCCAGUGUCGAAGUGGACAUACUCUGCGCCAGAACAACCCUCGACAUCACCUGCUCAGCAGGCAAAGCAUCCAAAAGAGCCGCAACACCAGCAGCGGAUUCUUGAUCGAUGCGUCUACGCGAGCAAGCGCCUGCUCGAGCUCUCGCGCGGCGACGCACUCAAAGUGAAUCCAUUCCCGGCAUGCUCGCACGUGCUCAUCGCUUUUACGCUCUUGAUGCAAGCGCUCUCGCUCUCGAACGGACUCGAUGAUGACGAGCACAAAGCUCACGCAGACGACGAUAUUGCUACGCUUAAGGCCGGUGCAGGUGUGGGUGCUAGCACUGCCUCUGCCGCGCCCAUUUCGGACUUUUCGCGCGAGCUUGUACAAUCUGCACAAGGAUCAGCAGCGCUGCAGAAGGACUUGCGCAAGAUGGCGACGCAGGAGGGUCGGCAGCAGCAGUUGAUACAGCUACACGAAAUCUGGGAGAAGGUGAAAGAGGCUCAUGAUACUUUGGCAGAGCUAUCCAAAUACUGGGACAUGGUCAUUCCCAUGGCGGACGAGGUCAACUUGUGCCUCGCCACCAGCCAGCUCUUGUUCGACGCGCAACAAUAAUCAGCCAAGGGGCAUGUGGAAUGCCUUGAUAUGCUAUGAGCAUGCACUUUUCAAAAAAGAUUCGGUAUCCUAUCCCCUGCUCCGUAUUCAGGCGAGGUCUAUGUCAGAUCAAUGACACAUCCGCGAUAGUGACACUGUCAUUUCGCGCCGGUCCCAAGGGCGGCGACGGCGGCUGUUGAAGAUGCGCCAGUUCGAGCGCCAUCGACUCGCGGAAGGUCGUGUAUAUAC